AUGUCCUACUUGACAACCAACAUAUUCAAAGCCGCGGCAACACAGCCUACUCAUGCAGGAGACGACAAAGACAACACGAUUGCCCAGCUGUUGAAAGAGCUUGCUUUAAGUAAUCGACGUCAACGAGAGGAUAAGGCAGCAUCCGACUUCGAAGUCGGUCAACUGAGGGCGGAAGUAGGCCGACUGAAGGAGGAAGUAGCCGAUCUGAGGGAGGAAUCAGGCGACCAGAAGCCGUUGGCAAAGCUAGGUGAGUACGUUCGGUCUAGAAGAAUGGUAUAUGGGGAAACCAAUGGCGACCCUGUGCUCCGCAGAGCAAUCAUCGAACGUGGUGAUAGCGUCGCCCACCGAGGCUAUGCUGUCGAAGAUGCACUUAUAAUCAAGUCUUGCUCGCAGGAACGAGUUCUUAGAGAGUCUGGAUUUCUAGAAUUCUAUGGAUUUAAAUCCACCCUGGUCUUACGCUUGAGACAUUGCCUUCGGUUCAUCCAGAUCCUAGACUGGCGUGGCUCAAUGGUAGAGUUCAUGUUUAAUAUUAGUGUUCGAUGGACCCUUCAAAGAGCUUUCACUGAAGUGUUUGAGAACUCUCCUUUGGCAAAUUAUGUCAAAGAUUCAGAGUCACAAGAUCCCAUUGAUAUCGAUGAUAUUGAAAGGUUUCUAGAGAGUAACGUUGCAGCCUUAGCUGCGUAUGAUCUGAUGGCGCAAGAGUACUCGUAUCACCUUGAGCUUAGCCGAAACCAUUAUCGAACGAUUAAUCAGUCAAGAAGAAAUGCUUCCCAAGGCAUGGAGAGCAAUAAGAAAAGAAAGUUCGAUACUAAUUGA